UGGCUCAGGUCCAGGGGGCCCAGCCCUAUAAAAACACAGGCGAGGGUCUCUUCCCCGACAUUGAUUAUACUGGAUCUGUCCCACCUCAGUACCGUCUAGAGUAACCCCCAAGGGAGAAGCAGCAGCCAUGAACACUCAACAGAUGGAGCAGAUGGGCCAGUUUAAGAUCACAGUCUGGGAGGAAGAGAACUUCCAGGGAAAGCGCUGUGAGUUCAUGCUGGAGUGCCAGAACAUCAUGGAGAGGGGCUUCAACAAGAUCCGCUCUAUCAAGGUUGAGAAUGGACCUUGGGUGGGUUAUGAGUACCCAGAGUUCCAGGGACAGCAGUUUAUCCUGGAGAAGGGAGACUAUCCUCGUUAUGAGGCCUGGAGUGGAAAUAGCAGCUACAGAACUGAGCACCUGCUUUCCUUCAGACCCAUCAAGUGUGCUAACCACAGUGACAGCAAGGUGACCCUGUACGAGUGUGAGGACUUCCAGGGCCGUAAGUUUGAGCUGUGCGAUGACUACCCAUCCCUACAGGCCAUGGGCUGGUGCAGCAAGGAGGUGCCCUCUAUCAAAAUCAACUCAGGAGCCUGGGUGGCCUACCAGUUCCCUGGUUACCGUGGCUACCAGUACAUCCUGGAGAGAGACAGACACCAAGGCGAGUACAGAAACUACAAUGAGUACAGCACCCAGGCUCACACCAACCAGGUGCAGUCCAUUCGUAGGAUCCAGCACUAAGCCUUCAUUCUGCCUGCCUGACCCCACCUGAAAAGAAAGAAAUAAUCCUCUUCCCCUUCUCUCAACUUGAACCCUGGACAGAUUGCUGUCACAGAACAGUAGAUGGACAAACUCUUUCUAUCACUCUGUGGCUCUGCAUGUAUGGAUAUCUAAGUACCUACUUCUACUAACAUGCUAAAGCAUGCUCUUGAAAUAGGAAAUAAAGGCUUUUCUUCAAAACUA